CGGGCCGGCGGCGGCGGCAGCAGCAGCAUCAUCAAAGAGCCCCGAUUCCUGCUGCCCUGGGAGCCAUGCGCUGCUGUCUGUAAUGUCAGCGGAACAGGAGAAGGACCCCAUCGCGCUGAAGAGAUCCCGAGGUGGUGACAGUGGAUUGGAUGGGUUAGGAGGACCAGGAGUACAACUUGGAAGCCCUGAUAAGAAAAAGCGCAAAGCAAAUGCACAGGGAUCAUCAUUUCCUCCUCCAUCUGAAUAUGCUCCACCGCCGAAUCCAAGCUCUGACCACCUUGUAGCUGCAAAUCCAUUUGAUGACAACUAUAAUACUGUGUCUUAUAAACAACUUCCUUCAGGAAAUCCGUAUUUUAGUAACCCUGGUUAUCCUGGCUUUGGAGGCUAUAACACUUUCAGAAUGCCACCUCAUAUGCUGCCCAGAGUGUCCUCGCCAUAUGGUGGUUCUUACUCCCUCAGAAACCAACCACAUCCCCUUCCUCAAAACCCCGUGGGAAUGGGUUUUAGUCGACCCCACUCUUUCAGCUUCGGUCCACAUGAUAACCCAGGUUUUGGGAAUCAACCACCUUAUAGUAGUGGUCAGAUAAAUCAAAAUGUCAAUAUGCCUGGUCAGCAUUUCAGACCAAAUACUGGUGAGAACUUUGGCCAUUCUGGUCAGAUACCUCACCCUGACAUGCCAUCUAACUUUGGUCCUGGAAACAAUCCAAAUUUCCCAAAUUCUCAGCUAGAGUCAAACCAUUCUUUUGUUCCUCCACCAAACACGUACAACCAGACAAAAUCAUCAGCACAAAAGCAAGACUUUAGUCAAAGUGCAAGCAAAGCAUCCAGCCAGAACACUGCUGCUCAUCAGCAUCAUCACAGGACAGAGGACAUUGUGAGUCAAGGUAACAGUGACCUAAAAAACGUCACUCGAAACAAUGUGGUAAAUCAGGAUAAUAGCCAUUCUAAUAGUGCUGAUAACACUAAUGCUGGCCAUUCAAAUGGGACUCAGAGCAAGUCCCGCCAGCCUCGAGGUACUGCUGAAGGAUGCAACUCUGAAAAGAGCAGCAAAACACCCCUUCAUCCGAGUCGUCAUGGUCACUCGUCCUCUGAACCCGUCUAUCCAUGUGGGAUUUGUACACAUGAAGUUAAUGAUGACCAGGAUGCCAUUCUGUGUGAAGCCUCUUGUCAAAAAUGGUUUCAUCGGAUCUGUACAGGCAUGACUGAGUCAGCUUAUGGCCUUCUUACAGCAGAAGCAUCGGCAGUAUGGGGUUGUGAUACUUGCAUGGCUGACAAAGAUGUCCAGUUAAUGCGUACAAGAGAGACUGCAGGACCACCUGCAUUGAAUACGGAUGGCUAACAACGCAAAUUGGUGGUAGUGGUUGAAAUACUUGCUAUGAAGAUUUGGGUACAAAUUGGGUACUUCACUUUCUGCAGACAAUCAGUUGUGUUUGAUUGCUGUCAUCUUUUUUCCCUAAUCUGUUUUCAUUCAUGAACUUCCAUCUCAGCUUUUGUACUCUUAGUUUUAUGUGUGCAAAUGUUUUACAGGAUGAAUAUUUUUCGUUUCUGAUUAAACUGUAAAACAUAACUGACAACUUAUCAGAAGUAGGAUGUGCAUUGACAAUUUUAUUGAAGGCAAAAAUGUGCCUGUAUGAACAGCCCCUAAUUUGCUAGUAUUAAUGUAUUAACUAACACUAGCAUUUAGUGCUCGGUUUUAACAGUACUAUAUUUGCAAGUACUCAUUAGAUUUUUAUUUUUUGGGAGUGAAUGUCCAUUACUGAUAUUCCUGCUAUCCUUUCUUUGAAUAUAGUGGAGGUGACAUGGAGGAAUGUGCAGUACUAAUAGGUUUUAUUUUAGGGUAAAUACAGAGAAUUUCAUAUGUGCAUUUUCCUAGUUGAAGUAAAGCAUUAACACACUAGUCAAAAAUCGAUGACUUCAUGCUUAGUAACACAGUGAAACCUGCCAACUCUUACACAUUUAUAUUUCCUUGAAAAGUCAAUGAUCUCUUUUGACUUCUCAGCAAAUAAUUACUUACUGAAGACUCUUGCUAGGUGUUGUAGUAUUUGGAAAUCGUUACAAAAUAUGAUUACACUGGAAAAAGAACACAUCAAGGUUUAUGAAGUCCAGUGUUUUAAAUCUAGAGAAUACCAAGCCUAGGGUUGCAUAUGCAACCUUAAUUCAUUUACCUUAAGCACAUACAUUAGGCUACAGUCUCUGCAUCUGUCACCUCUUUCUCAUCGAUGGUUCUAGUCUCCUGUCUCAGUGCUGCCAGAGAGUUGUGAAUGAACUAAUGCAGGGAAAGUCCUGUCCAUCUCCUAGGGCUUUGAACUAGAGCCUGCUCGGUCAUCCUGAGCUUACACAGUCCACUUGGCUUGAAGGAGGGGGCAAGGCAAUGGAGUGUGCUCAGCACAGGCUCUGAAUUGCAAGACAGUUUGGCCAGCAAAGUCUUAAAACUGAAUUCCCACCACUGCCUCAGCCAGUCCUCCAGUGAGGGGGUGGGAAAUCUCGGGUGAAGAAAAAUACAGCUUUCACAUUAGGUGAGUUUAUCUCACAUCAAGAGCAAGCAAUCUGAAGUUUCGGUUCUUUGCUAAACUUGAUAUCCUACUGACCAAUAUGAAUCGCACUAGAGCUUCAUGUGUGAUGCUAAGAAUUCUAUUUUAAUAUGGGUAAUUUGAUCUUGUUCUUGAUCUCAGAAAUAACCCCCCCCCUUUUUUUUUUAAUGUGGGGAAACAUCCAGCCUUGAAGACUUCAGCCUUAGCUGUGUGAUAAAGUUGCAUAUGCAACUGAAAAUGAACGUUUCUGUAGAGAGGAGUGUUGUUUUAACUUAAUAAAAGGUGGCACUGUAACCACAGACUCUGCUUGUAAUACCACUCUACUGGAAACUUUUAAAUAAUCAGCAAUUAAAUCAUAUAUCAAAUGUUACAGGUACUAGUCAUGUUCCUUAAUGUGAUAAAUUGUUCAGAUCUGUGGUGAUAAGUGAUGUAGGAACACAGUCAUCUAUAUACAGAGGUCAUUUUUAUCGCAAGCUGUGCUAAUGAGUGAAAAGUAAGGCCUGUUUGCUAGUUCAUCAUUGUGUUUGAUUUUAAAUAGGCUUUACUGUCAUACUUUCCUGGAAGAUACUGUGCAAAUCUACAUAACUGUCCUUGUUUUAUUUUAGAAGUGAAAAAAUUUAUAUACUCUUUUACUGGAGAAGUGCAGUAUAACCCUCCUUUUUUGUCUUGCCUCUCAUCAGGAAAAAGGAAAUAAUGUCUACAGUGUAAAUGACACAAUUCAUAUCUUGAGGAUUUCCUGUAUGGAGAUGUAAAGAAAGUGUAAGGCAGAUCCAGGGCUUCUGUUUUCAUCACUAUUUGCUUUCUUUCUUUAGUACAGAGAGUAAACUUAAUCUUGCUUUGUUAGAGGUGUGAUACUUAAAAACAAACCACAAAAUAACAACCAAGCAACAACCUCUGUUAGAUUUAUUCUCUAGUUUUCCUAAUGACUGACUGACUGUUAGAACUUGCUUUUGGUAGCUAAAGUAGAAAUAAACCAAACCUUGUUUAGAUAGAUUUGUUCCUCUGGGAAUCAAUUUAAUCUCUGCAACAGUUUGCACUGUGAAGGUAGUGGAGCUGGUUCAGACUCACAGCAAUGUUGAUGAAAUAAAAAAUUUUGCUCAGUGAAAAUUCAGCAAGAGCUCUAAUGACGCUAUUGUUACUCAAGUGUGCUGUCCAAAAUACCUUUCCCACACCCCAUUCCUGCUGUGAGAUGCUGUUUGGGGCAUUUGUUCUCAAAAGUCCAAUUGAUGUUUUAACAUUUUGGAGCAGACAUUGUAUUUAAAAUAGCCAUGUAUUUCUUAAUCUCUUCGUCAACCUUACAUGAAGUUAGCCAAGUGUUUUCUAUAUUAGCUAGCAAGAUAUUAGAAUUUAAAUAGAGUGUUCUUACAAACUUAAAAUCAACCAGAGUAUCAUAUUAUAAAGCCUUAAAUUGUGUGUUUGUGAAACUUACUCUAACAAUUUAUUUCAGUUUUUCUAAACUGGUACUAUGUUGGGUUUGUAACCCAGUAAAUUUUCUGCGUUUAUUAACCUACAAAUCCAAGGCAUUAGCAAAUGCCAAUUAUAUCAAAUAAAAACAAA